UUUAGACCUUUUUCUUUUUUUUUUCGUCUUGAAACCCGGCGAUCCCCGUCGACCGUCCUCUGGCAAGGUCCAACAACCGCGCGUGCCUCCCCUCGCUUCGAGAUCCGUCCAUCUCCGGCAGUCCGGUUCGCCCCAUGGCGGCGAUGCUAGAGGCCAAACACUCCACCAACAAGCCCCAGUCCCCACCCCCGUCCCAUUCAGCUUCCGCCCCCAGCUCGCUCCCAUACCACCACCACCACUACGGCACCUUUCCCCCGCCGUUGCAGCCGCCGCUCACCUUAGGCGCCGCCUACCACGCCUCCCCGGUCGGGUUCGGUGGCCAGGGCGUAGUGGCCUUCCCCAGCGCCGUCCAGCAGCAGGUAUUCGUGGAGGGCGUUCCCGUCCGGGAGCCGCCACUGCCCUUCUGUGGAGUCGGCAUCGGCUGGUUUCUUUUCUUAUUGGGGUUCUUCUUGGCUGCCAUACCCUGGUAUGCUGGUGCCUUCCUUCUAUUCUUUGUUGCCUUGGACCACAGAGAGAAGCCUGGAUUAAUUGCAUGCACCAUUGCUGCCAUAUUUGCACUAGUCUCUUUCAUUCUGAAUGGUAUCAGAAUGCAUCCUUUCUGGUGAACAAUGCUGGAUGUCGCCAAUCAAAAUCCAUAUGUAGUUAACAUUUCUGGCGCCACAUUUGAUAUGUCCAUAGCUCUAUUGUAUUGCCCCUGCCCGUGAAGAAUGAAAUAUAUGAGCUUACGUGUAAAAAAAAAUCACCAUAUUUUUCCAUCCGCUGGCUCACAUGCCCUGUGAUAUAUAUGUGUAAUCAUGAAUUCUACAGUUUAUCUAUAUGAUAUGGUACCAAUUUAACAGCUUACCGGAGCAGGAUUAAAUAGUUA